AUGACAGAAAAAACCGAAGAGCAGAAGGAACAAGUGGAAGAUCAGAGCAGUGUACGAGUUGCAUUAAGAAUCCGUCCCCAGCUGGCACGCGAGAGGAUAGAUAUGUGUCAGGUGUGUACGACGGUGCUACCUGGUGGUCAACAGGUGAUGCUCGGUAAAGAUAAGGCCUUCACCUUCGACUACACAUUCGACAUCCCUACACAGCAAUGUGAAAUCUACGAGAAAUGUGUAUUCAAACUAAUUGAAGGGUGUUUUGAUGGGUACAAUGCUACAGUAUUUGCCUAUGGACAGACUGGGUCUGGGAAGACGUACACCAUGGGGACAGGUUUUGAUGUUGAUCAGAGCGAGGAGGAGGAGGGAAUUGUGCCUCGAGCGGUCAGUCAUCUUUUUCGAGGAAUACAGGAACGUCAGCAAAAAGCCAAAGAACGCAAUGAACCCCAGCCUGACUUCAAAGUCACUGCCCAGUUUAUAGAGCUUUAUAAUGAAGAGAUAUUUGAUCUCCUCGACAUCACACGGGAUCCCGAGUCUAGAGGGAAGAAAUCCCACAUCAAGAUCCAUGAAGAUGCUACAGGAGGAAUUUACGUCGUAGGUGUUACAACACGGCCUGUUGUUUCUCCCAAGGAUACUAUGCAAUGUUUAGAAAAUGGCGCUUUAUCUCGAUCCACUGCCAGUACAAAUAUGAAUGCACAGUCCUCAAGGUCACACGCCAUUUUUACCAUCACCAUCAAACAACACCGCGUUGUCAAGGAUGAGUGUCUGGAUGAGGAUGGUAAAGAGGUGGAUUCCACACAAGACCUGAAUGAAUUCGAGACGUUGACAGCCAAGUUCCAUUUUGUAGACUUGGCAGGUUCAGAGAGGCUGAAAAGGACAGGAGCUACAGGCGAUCGUGCCAAAGAAGGAAUCUCAAUCAACUGUGGUUUGCUUGCCCUUGGAAAUGUGAUAUCAGCUUUAGGAGAUAAAACUAAAAAAGGAUCUCAUGUCCCUUACAGGGACUCUAAACUAACACGAUUACUACAGGAUUCCUUAGGUGGAAAUAGCCGGACGUUAAUGAUUGCUUGUAUAUCUCCGUCUGAUCGUGACUUUAUAGAGACACUUAAUUCACUUAAAUAUGCCAAUAGGGCACGUAAUAUAAAGAACAAAGUGAUAGCUAACCAAGACAAGGCUAGUAAACAGCUAGCUGCUCUACGCUCUGAGAUCACCCUUCUACAGCAGGAACUCAUGGAUUAUAAAACGGGUAAACGAACAGUUGAUGCUGAUGGUGUGGAAAGUGUAAAUGAUAUGUUCCACGAAAAUACCAUGUUACAACACGAAAAUGAGAAGUUAAUGCUACGAAUAAAAGCCUUGAAUGAAGCUAAUGAAACACUUAAAGAGAGAAACACUCAACUCUUGAGGGAGAGGGAGACCCUUGGUAUCCUCAAUAUUGCAGAGGAUGCCAGAGCUGGAGAGGUGCAGAAAUUAAUAGAAGGUUAUUUAAAAGAAACAGAAGAGUUAAGAGGUAAACUAGCUGAGUCCGAAGCUAUGUUACACACGAUAAAGCGGCGCCAGAUGACGUCACGAGUGGCGAUGACGCCAAUGUCGCCAAUGCAACAGCUGAGUAGUAGUAUGAACCUCAGUACCAGUAUAAAUAUGGAAACUCCCGAUCCUGAUAACAUGAUUACCUCCAUACUAGAGGAAGCCAAAAAAGACAUCAAACAGCUUCGCAAAACCCGCAGAGUGAAGACAAGGCAUAGCCACAGCAGUGACAAGGAAAAUAUCAGUGAAGAUGAAAAGGAACAGAAUGAUUCUGAGUCUAAAGUAGAGGAGGAGGGAAGUAAAGAUGACAAAGAGAAGGAAGAGGGUGAGGAAGAGGAAGGCGAGCAGAAUGGAGAGGUUUUAGAAGAGGAUGAUCUGGAGGAGGAGUUAGAGGACCUUGUCAACUCAUCAGAGGAAGAAGAUGAAGAUGAGUCGGAGGACGAGGAUAAAGUGCAACUGUUCCUGGACUAUUGGUUAGAGUGGGCAGACUCUGAUAAUAUUCACGAAGAUUUAGCAGAAUUGACAUGUGAGAUCUCGAUCAAACAGAAGCUUGUUGAGGAGCUUGAACAGAGUCAGCGUCGACUACAUUCCAUGAAAACCCAGUAUGAGGAAAAAGUGAUAAUGUUACAGAACAAAAUAAAGGCUACAGAACAGGAGCGCGACAAAGUCCUGUCUAAUAUUAAUCAAGUUUCGACAAGCAACCAAGAUCAAGUGAAGAAAGUCAAGAUGGAGUUUGAGAAAAAGCUCUCUGUACUCCAGACAGACCUGAAGAAGAUGCAAGCAGCCAAAAAAGACCACGCCAAACUUGUCAAAAACCAGUCACAUUACGAAAAACAAUUAAAAACACUCCAACAUGAACUUGGAGAAAUGAAAAAGACUAAGGUACGUCUGAUGAAGCAAGUGAAGGAAGAAGCUGGGAAGUCUCGACAAUCUGAACUGCGAAGGAACAAAGAAGUGACACAGUUGCGGAAGGAACAGCUUAAAAAGGAGAACAUUAUUCGAACUCUAGAGAAAACGAACAAACAUCGGGAGGUUGUACUAAAGAGGAAACAAGAGGAGCUUCAAGAGGUUGAGUCUCUAAGGAAGAAAAAUAUGCCAAAUAUGUCAUCUAAAACAGCAGGUCGUGUUGGAAAAUACGAAAGGCCAGUAACUAUACCCAUAGGUCCGUCAUCAACUAGGAGACGAAGACGAGGAGACUUCUCGGCUAAAGCUGCAAAACAGAAGUGGGAUGCCUUUGAAAAAAAUAUAGGAUCUGUGAUAAACAAAAAACAAACCAUAGCGUACAUGGAAAGAGACAUGGAUGUUUGGUUAAAGUACAGAGAAAAAAUCUGUAAAAAGAUGGAAAAAUAUACAAAGAGACGAGAUGCUGCUAUAGCCAACAGUCGGGAUCCAUCAGAUGUAAAAGCUCUGAGUGAUACUGUAGAAACACUGAACCUACAAGUACAGCAGGCACAGGAGAACAUCACUGAGUGUCAGACUAAUAUCAUGCAGAUGGAGGAGGCUAAGGAGGAAGGAGAGAGCUUAGAUAUUACAGCCAUAAUGACCACAGCUAACCUGGAGGAAGGUCGUUAUCUCCUUGACCACUUUAUGCAGAUGUCCAUCAGCAGAGGAUUGUUGCUAGCCCAGAAGGAACAUGAAGUGCGAGAGCUUCAGGCUCAACUCCACCAGACAGAACUCAACAACACUCUACAACAGGACCUACUCAAACACAUGAUUAACGAUCGAGUGGACAUUGAAGUGGACAACCUAAUGACCAAUGGUAUCGAUGAUAUGGAUACCUCGACAAGUUCAGCUUCCUCAUCACCAGCAGAAAGCAUGUUUGAAAGUCAGGUUCCACCCCAGCCUGCUCAACUACCCCCGGGGAUGACACUUGGUGAUUUGGGCAAACGAGACAAGGAGUUUCGUAGGUCUUUACCGGCCCGCAGACGGACGGCCACGCCGGACGAACUGCUGUAUGCAGACGCCCAGACAUUGGACGUAAAACUGCCCCUCCACACCCUGCCGGAGACCCCAGAAGAGGAGCGACUGGCCAUGAAUGACCAUGCUGGCAAACUGCCGCCUGAAGUCUUCAAUGGGGCAGAAAGUCAAAGUCUGAUGCCUCCGCCCAGACAACUGCCAAUCAAAGUCAGCUCCUCCAGUGUACCACGGAGGUCAGACCCUGGGCCGUCACCGGUGUUUCGACGGAAAGAGUACACACGACCUAGCCCUGACCCCUCCCCAAUCUUACGGAGGAAAAACAACCCUGUGGUGCUGUCCCGCUCCAGCUCUCUGGACACAACUUCCUCAGAUACAACCCCGCCGUCCUCACCUACGUCCACACGGCGAGCCAGAAUCACUGGAGACAAUGUAUUUUCCCGCCUGACCAGUAAUACCCAGCCUCCCUCCAUCAACCCUCCAAACAGGGGAAGUAUUGUGCCUAACAACGGUCGGAUUGCACCGCCCAGCAAGGUCAGCCCAGUAUUGUGUACACACACAGCUGAAGGUCACACCAAGGCUAUCCUAUGUGUGGAUGCAACAGAGGACCUGCUCUUUACCAGCAGUAAAGAUCGCACAGCAAAAGUGUGGGACCUCCAGACAGGACGUGAAGUAUUGUCCCUUGGUGGACAUCCCAACAAUGUCCUUCGUGUCAAGUACUGUGAACAACAGCGUCUUGUCUUCACUGUGUCCCAGUCCUAUAUCAAUGUUUGGGAUAUACGCACUAGUCCUGCCCAGUGUGUCAAAACUCUAAGUUCUUCUGGUCUUACGGAUGAUGGACCUGUUAACUUUGCUUCACAACGUCAGAUAGAACUGCCCCCUGGUGAGCACAACAUCACAGACAUUGCCCUCAAUAGGGAUGGAACGGCUCUAUACAGUGCAGCAGGAAGUGUGGUCAGAGUGUGGGACCUUAAAAGCUUCAGCGCUGUUGGUAAGUUAAACGGUGGCCACCAGGCAGCAGUGAUGGUACUGGCAGUAGACAAACAGGGUAUCAACGAUAUGGUCAUCACUGGUUCUAAGGAUCACUACAUCAAGGUUUUUGAGGUGCUGGAGGAGCGGGCAGGCAUCAUGGUUCCCAAACAUAACCUGGAGCCACCACACUAUGAUGGAAUCCAGUCACUUGCAGUCAAUGGCAACACUCUAUUUAGUGGGUCACGGGACAUGUGUAUCAAAAAGUGGGAUCUUACAACAAAUAAACUCAAACUGUCUCUGAACUCGGCCCACAAGGAUUGGAUUUGUGCCCUAGGCUUCAUGCCCAGCAGUGAUAUUCUGUUGAGUGGCUGUCGUAGUGGCUUUCUUAAGCUCUGGAACGUGGAUACAUGUCAGGCCCUAGGAGAUAUCAAGGCCCACAUUAUGCCCAUCAACUCCAUAGCAACCAACUCAAACUCGAUUUUCACUGCCUCUAAUGAACCUGUGGUCAAAAUGUGGCAGUACCGUCGCACUCAGACAUUGACCACACUGUGGGAAUCUGGAAACUUAAAUCGCUCUCCGACUCCAGUGAUUCCAGUACAGCAGUCACACCGACAGAAACCCUGGCGGUCGACAAGUAAACACAAUAAAUCACUGGCACCAUCUAGUGUGAAAAUUUACAACAGCACCGCAGGAACCAAGUCAUCAGGUGCGAAAAUUGACAGUGAAUUUUCAUCAAAAAGGUCAACAGAACUGAAAAAUGUCAACAACAGAGACAUUAAAAAUGGCUUUAUAACCCGGAGAUUUCACCAGAUUUUUUGACACAAGAUUUCUAUUUAAACAGAUUUCCAUGACUGGUAACACUUUGAUUUGUUGCCUUGAGUGUUUGCAGACUGACAGGAAUACUUGCUGCUGAAAUGAAAGGUUAUAGUUGAUAGGUGAAAGUUUUUUUGUUUUUUUGCAUAAUCAUGUAUUAAAACUGAGAUAAAAAAACAUUCAUGAUUAAUUUAAAUCACCUGCUCUCACAAUUUUCGAAGCUAAUUUAGAUACAUUUUUCAGGCUGAAGGACUGUUAAAUGAAUGGAAGGUUGAUUUUGUAAAAACUGCAAUGAUAUGGCAUUAAUGUUUUUAAGAGUGAAUCUCUAAUUGAUAACUACUGAUUUGUUCGUUGAUGUUAGUGUGAUGUGCUUAGUCGUGUAUGUGGUCAUUUAUAUCAAGUUGUAAACAUAAGCACCGCAAAUGAAUUGACCUGCGUGCACAAAAAUUUUUAUCAGUUUCACAAACAUGCCACUAUUGUUGUACUUAAGAUGAUAACCAAAAUGCAGCAUUUCUUGAAAAUUAUUAAAAUGAUUGUUUAACUGUUGCACAAUGUGAACAGAUAGCAAUGUUGUUGACUUGUACAAUAAUAUUCACAAAUUGUACCGAAUUUAGAGAACACGUUUAUGUCUGUAUCAUGUAUGUCUGUCUGGAAGAGAAGUGUGUGUGAAUGUGUGCAUUUUUUUUUUUUGUCCACAGAAAUGGAGAACAAAUUUCUCCUUUAACAUUUAUCAUCUGUGCUUGAAUUAAACGGGUCUUUACUCUUUGUCAGUAAGGGCUUUCGCUCUUUAUUACAGACAUAUUUCAUAUCUUAUAUCAAAAAACAUUUUUUCUUGUAUAUACUUUGACGGCACAUUGAAUUUGACGCCCAAUGUGAUGUAACAUGUUGGUGAAUAUGUUUGUGUAACAUUGUGAAGAAGGAGGUAUUUCUUCACCAUUCAUUGCUGUGGUAAGAAACGUCGACAAUCUAUAUAAUUACGGUUGUGAAAUCUUUGUAAGAUUACUGGUAUGUUGCAUGCGCUUGUCUCGUUCAGAUUGAGGUGAAACUGUUGUUAUUUAUGUUGAUGGACAUUUUUUAUUACAUGUUUGCCAAAACUUGUUUUGUUAUUAGCUGUAAAAGGCACUUUUUGAAUGAAAAUUCUGUUGAAAUUUGUGGGUUUUCUCAGUGCUUGAAAAUUUCAACUUUUGAAUAAAAUACUAGCAGAUUUGUCAUAUUUAAAUGUGGAGUAUUUUGAUAAACAAUAAGUUUGAACAUUUAAGGAUAAAAUAUUACCAGAAUAUAAACCAUUCAUAUGAAUUUGUACAUUAGAAACAAAUUUUCACAAAAACAUUUAUUAGGUUUAGAUAGGAAAUCAAUAUGUAAUAUUAAACUUCAACUUUACUACCUUUCCUGGUUGGAGAGAUCUCAGGGGAGAUAACUAGGGCUGGUUAAAGGGUUAAGAUAAAUUUCCGUCAAUGUAUUAAUGUCAUUUACAAUAGAAAAUUAGGGGUUACUUGUCAUUUAUAAUUUUUUCUUUUAACUGGUCAAUUAAGAUUAAAAUAGCUUUUAGACACGAAACACUUCAACAUGGUUUCUCGAUUGUCCUAAAAAGGAAAUCUUGUUAUUCAGCUGUUUGUGGGGUUUGUACCUAUCUAAAAAGGGAUAAAACUGAUAAGGUAUAUAUUAAAGGGCAGACAACAGAAAUAUUUUGUAAAAGUCACUUCUUGAAAGCUGGAUAUGGUGAUAUCAUAUUUGGCAUUAUGCAAAUUAUUUCUUGUUUCCAAAAAACAUUGAUUUCUAGUGAAUUUUUUGAAGGAAGGAAUUUUUUGUAUACUAUUUUGUUUUGUACAGUCAGUGUUAUAGUGAAGGAUUUAUUAAGUGCUAUUUCUCAAAAUUGAUUAGAUAAUUUUACUUUUUAAUUUGCAUAUGUCCUAUAAAUAUGACAUGAUCUGUAUAUUUGUAUGUAUAUAUAUAUAUGAGUAUAUUUAAUAAUUGUUUUUGCUUUUGUAUAUAUGAUUUGAAAAUAUUUGCUGAUGAUGUGUGCUGUAUAUUUUAAAAGCACCUGAGAUGGGUGUAAAUGAAUGUUAUAUAUCCCAGUGUUGGUAUAUAUAGCACUACAACUUCCGAUAAGCAACUGUGAUGCCAAAGUCAUAUUAAGCUAUAUGCUGUUUCCGUAUAGCUUUGUGGUGAUGUUCCUCAAAAUUGUUUUGCUCAUUGUUAUUGCCAAGACAUAGUACCAAGUCACAUUGUCAACUUGCUUUGGUGCCAUGUUGAUGAAAUUUAAUGGUGCCAGGUCAUGGCGUUUUAUCAUGGAAUCAGAGAAUCAAGAGUACUUAGCUGAUCCAUGUAAAAGGACCAAGCCAUGGUGCUGAGUCAUGGUGCCAGGUUAUGGGGCCAAUCCUUGAUGAUAAGCCAUGGUGCUAAAUUAUGGAAUUAAGCCAUGGUGCUGAGCCAUGGAAUCAUAUUAGGUCUGUUAACACACUUCAUAUGUAUUUUUUUUAUCAUUCCAUAAAAUAUAACUGUAUGAUGAUCCCUCUGUUCACUUGGAUGUCAGCAUGGUAUUCAAUAUGAUAAAAUUUCACCUACCUUUACAGUUAGCAUUUCCAGUCAAUAGGACCUAUUUCUGAAGCUGUAAUCAGUUUUGAAAUAAUUAUGUUCUGUAUACAUGUUUUACUAUGUAAUGCUUGCUACCAAGAAUAACUGUCAGAAAAGAUUCAUACGAUGGACAUGUACAUUGUUUCAUACAGGAAGUCAAGUCAGGGGAGCAACACAUUACCUCUGACUCAAAGUCAGGGGUGGGCUUAUUACAGAUCAUUGCGAUAAGAAAUGCCUAUUGGUAGUUCUACUGAACAGUGUUAGAUAUUGGUGGGUAAUGCUUAAUUUGAUUAACUUGAAAAUUGUGUCCUAUAUACUUGGACAAUGUAGAUAUUAGAAAGUUGAUUGGAAAAGUCUGGACAAGGUAAAUUAGACAUCUAAACUUUGUUUAUUGAAUCUGGCAGUAGGUCUGAGUUUGAAUGUAUGUUUUUUUAAUCUUCUGUCAAAAUAGGAAUAUCUUCCAACCAUUUUCUGUUGAAUGGAAAAUUAUUGUUAUUGACUCAGAGAUAUGAUAGCUUAAGGCUCAUUAUACUGAAAAUAGAAUCCAACAAUUUAUUCAUAUCAACACAAUGCACGUGGUUUCUGCUUUUUACAGACACAAAUUUCAUACCAAAGAAACUAAACUCCAACGAGGAUAAGUAGAAGCUUUUCAUCAUGAAAGUAGGUUAAAAAUACUGACAUCUUAAAACAUUGAAGUUACAGUAUUGCAAUAUUUUCAUAGUUGGAUGUUUAAUAGAGUAAAUCUUAAUUUGCAAUUAUUGUCCAACAUUCAUUAUCUAUACACAUCUUGCCUUGUAAGAUGAGGGCAUUCCUUUUAAUUGUUUGGAAUGCAGAUCUGUUACCAAAAUGCCAUUCUACAACUCAGAAACAUGAUUCCAUCUUCUUAAUACUCGAGAUAAGACAGUCAUAAACUCUCGUCAUUGAAUUUUGAAAACAAUAUCGGAUAACUUUUUAAGUGAAGACUCAACACUAAAGAUGCCUAAAUACAGCAUUUCAUUUACUGAUGAAUGACGUAAUUAUCUGACUACAAGACUAUUGGAAACAGGGUUAAGUUUCAUAAUGUGUUCACAAAAGUAAAUUUGUCUCAAAUUGUCCAUUUUUUCUAUGGAGUAGAUCUCAGCAUGUACCAUCGGUAUAUUUUAGUAGAAAUUGGUUAAUCUCCAUUAGUGUCUCUAACACGGAUGCCGUUGCUGGACUUGUGUAGUGCAUUAUCACAAGACCAGGAUAUAUCUAACAUAUUUUAUUCUAUCUAUAGCUGAAUGGGUUUUCAGUCAUAUGAGACAAGCAGAAAAUUGUUCUGUUGUGCUUCCAUUGUUGAUAUUUAUGUUAUCACAUUCCGUGUUGAUCUGUUUUAUAUUUCCCAAGUACCAUGCAGCAUUUAAUUAUACUGUUUAAUAUGAGAUAUUUGUCAACACUAUCUUUUUCCAUAGUUCGAACCUACAUUCUUUCAGGAUUUAAACUUUAAUUGUUACUAGAUAACUGUACACAAAAUUCUUCAAGUUGAAGUCUUAUUCGUUGCAUUUUAUUUACAUGUUUUGUCCAUAGGGAAAAAAUGGUAAUAAUAAUAGAUAAGAUGAAAUAAAACUGCUUAAAAAUAUCUCAUGUUAUACUUACCAAGGUCAUCCACAAGGAAAGGUCAGUUGAUCUCUUCAGGCGAUCCUAUUUGACUUUAGACAGAUUAAAGAGAGGAAAGACCAAUUUUUGUUUUUGUUGAUGCAAGCAAUUCCAAUUUUUAGAUUGAAUACACAUUGAAACGUCAUAUAUUACUUGAGACAUAAACAAAAUCCAGAGCUGAAACUGUUUUCAUUCCAUUUAUGGACAAUAUUUGUAUAUUGUUUGUUUUUUUCUCUCUAUCUCUUAAAGUGUCCAGGUUUAAUGAGGUUACGCUGUAUGUUCUAUAUCGUUUGUAUGAAGAUGGUUGAGUUAUCUCCCUUAUACGGUUGAGUUACCUCCUCUCUAUGCUGUACAUAUUACCUGUUGAUUUGUUGUUAACGUUGAUUGUUCUGCAACGGCUGCAAUGUUUGUUUGUCUCAAAAUGAUGACUUAUGCUGCCAUUUAAUAUAUACAUGUAUAGCCCUUUAUUAUACACGCCGCAAAGAAAUAUUCCAAAACUGUGCUCAGUAAUUAAGUAUUUUAAUGAUAUAUAUUUCAUUUUUUAUAAAUCAUCUGUUUUCAUUAGUCAUAUUUUUUUUUCUUCAAAAGAUGUAUUCAAUCAUUAGACAACUGCAGAGUACUGCAAAGAGGAUUGGUUUAGUGGCCAAAAUAUAAUCUUUAAACAUCCAUCAUUUGUACAUGUAGUUAUCAUUAAAUAUGAAAGUAAAAUCACUAGUCGAAACAAUAUAUACAAUACUUCUAUAUUAUAUAGUUUACCACAGUAUAUCAUGUCUCACCAGAUGCUCUUCUUUGAAUUCUUUUCAUUCAACGAUUUGAAAAAGAAAUUAACAACGUACCAAAAUUUGAAAGAUUAUUAAUUGUCCUUUCCAUGAUUCAGCAUUGAAAGUAAAAAAUGCUGAAAACCUCUCUAAUGUCUCAUUAAUUUCAUACUUUGAUGGCGUCUUCAUCAUCACUUUGUCUCAUUAGGUAUUAUACAAGGGAUCUAGAGUUAUCUGCCCUUGUUGUCAGGGACAAUAACAGUAAUUUAAAUUAUUUAAUGGCACAAACUAUGUAUGUUACAUGCUGUCCAGUGGUAUGCAAUGUGUAUGUCAUUUGGAAAAUAAAUGUAUAUUUUUCAAGUUA